AAAUAACCCUUGAACUUGGUAGAUUUCUUUUCAACUAGGAGCAAGAAUCGCACAAACAUAGCCAAACGAAAACUGAUUUAUGAAACAAAAUAUAUAAAUAAAAAUUGUAUAAGGCAAAAUUAGGAGCCAGUUUGUCUGAAAACAUUAUUUAAAUGUUAUAGAUGUCAUGAUUAUUAUAAUCGUUAGAAUUAAUUUUAUUUAGAAGUCUCGACAUUAAAUUUAGCCAUGUAAUAUUUCGAUGAUGUAGACAAUGUAAUAAUAUUCAAAAAUCUCAGAAUAAGCAAUGUCCAUUGAAGCAAGUAUUCCUUUACCAUUGGACCCUUCACCUCCACCUGAAGCAGAUGAAAAGAGACUUUGGAUUGGAAACAUUGACAGCCGUUUGACAGAGUACAACCUGCUGAAAAUUGUGCAACAGUUUGGAAAAAUUAAGAAGUUUGACUUUUUGUUUCACAAGUCUGGACACUUGAAGGGUCACCCUAGAGGAUACUGUUUUGUGACCUAUGACAGGAGAGAGGAAGCUGAAAAGGCCAUGAUAAAUCUGAACGGAAAACUUUUUAUGGGAAAAGAAUUGGCUGUUAAGUGGGCCCACACAGCACCAUCUGAUUCAGUUACUCAACAGAAAUCCACCAAAACUAUUUGUGACACACAACCUGAUGAAUCUAAGAAGUCUAAAAGCUCUCUGCAUCAGAUAAUGGCAAUUGAAGCAAAAUUAAAAGCUAUGAAAGAACAGCGAGAGAGAGAACUUGAAAUGUGUUUAUCACCUGCAACUGUAACUGCAGACAAUCCUUCCAAACAAUCUCACAAAAAACACCACAAUGUUCCGUACCACGUCGAAAAGAGACGCCACCGAAGAUGAUACGUUGCCACACAGUUAACUAAAUUUUAACCCUUGUACAUAUAUGUUUCUUAAUAAAUUGUAUGUUUGAAUGUUUAUUCAACCUCCCCUAUUUAUAUCUUUGGUGGAAAGCUGUGAAAUUUCAAAGUACCCACCAAUGUCACCCAUUAAUCUGGAACUAUUUAUGUUACAUGUCUUUUAAUAGUGUAGACUUUCAAUUACAGUAGAGCCCCGAUUAUCCAAGUUCCCGCUUAAACCGAGCUAUCAAAUAUUUCAAGAAUUUUAAUUUUUUUGUUCUAGUUUAUAUUUUAUUUUUAAAACUACCACUGAAAAAAAAAUUCUGAAUUUUAUCUUCCAAACACUCAGGGAAAGAAGCUGACAGAUAACACGAGAUUAAAGAUGAAAUGAUUGUUAAUAUCGUCAAUAAUAAAAUGAAUCUAGUGAAGACACUGAAAAUCAACAUGUGAAAAUCUCUCAUACCGAUGAACUAAAAGCGAUCUAAAGUGCUGUUGAAUAUGUAGAGCAACCAGAAGUAGUGAUGCCAGCCUUCUUGUCAUCCCUAAAAAAAUGUGAAACACUGCUGCAUAAAAAAAAACAUCAACAUAGAAAAAAAACUAGGCAAGAAUAUACUGGGGCCUGAGAUCUUUAAAAAAAAGAGAGAAAAAAAGUCGGUUGUUUCGCGUCUUUAAGUGAAGGAAGAUUGUUGCCCUAUUAGUUAUUCCACUUCCAUCUAUUCCAUCAAGAUUAACGUUUGCCAUUUGCUUUCGCUUUAGUUCAGUCCUCUGUUUUGUGAGAGAAUGAAAAAAGUGUGUUAUUUGCAUUAGAAUUUUAAUGAAAUUAUAUUUAUCAAAAGAGAAUAAAUGACAUUGAAGAAGAAACAAUGAAGUAUGUUUAUGUGUAUUUGAUUAUAAAUAAUUAAUUGAUUGAUUUAUUACAAAUUUAUAUAAUUGAUAUGAAGUAAUUGAUGUGUAUAUAAUUGAUGUGAUUACAAACCCAACAAGUGAUAUAAAAGAGUACAUAGAAAAUACGACAAUCGUGUUAUUUUUAAAGUUUCAAUUUUUAUUUAUGCGAAUAUUGUGUUUUUAAUUUCUUUUAGUUCUAUUUGAAACAUUGCAUUUUAAGUAUUAAUUUUUCUUUAAAAAAAUGCGAUUCUUAAUCAUUAGUACUAGACAGAACUCAAUAAUAGUCAAAAUCAAAGAAGUUUUCUGAAAAUAUUGAGUUAAAGUUAUACAAAUUAUGUGUAAUAUUUACUUAGUUUUAAAUAAGAUACAUCUGUUCUAAAUUCUUAGUUCCAUAAUAUUUUUUCAUAUUGUAGAUUUAUAAUUAGUUAUUUCGUUGUUGUGUUGGACAGAGCUUUUAAAUUAAAAAUAUUUUCACACCACAAAAUAAAUAAUAAUAAUGAUAAUGAAUGUUGGAUAAUGAAUGUAAUGAAUCAAAAUACAAGAAGAGUUGUAGUAUUCAUAUUGUUUCGCAUUUAUAAAACUUUUUAUUUAGAAUGUGCUUCCAAAUUCAGUUUCUUUUUCUUUAUUACUUGCUUAAAAAUUGCACACUAAAAAUAAUUAAAAGUUUUAAGAAUAUCUAAACUUCUUCAGUCAUAGCCAGGCCUUUUUUCAGCCCCGUGUCUUCUUUUUAUUUAUAUGUUAUAUAAAACUACUAAAAUGUCAUAAUUAGUUUAACUAAAUCUCAAUUCCAAAUGAGCUGUAUUAAUAUGAUAAACUGACGGGACUUUAUUUUGUGACAGAGAACAUUGAAAAGCAGCCUAAUACAUUGCUCCAAACUCUUUCAAUUGUAUUAUAAUUCAAAUAAAAUAUUAUGCAUGUCAUGAAUUGGAUUCAGAUGGAAAUUAAAUUUUGAUGAACUUCAAA